AUGAACUGGGUUCCGGAAUCUUUCAAAUUCGUCUGCACUGAGAUUCACACUUGCAUUCAAGAAAAGUUUGAAGAUACUGCCAUUAUUGCUGUUGGUUCAUUCAUGUUUUUGCGAUUCUUCUGUCCGGCUAUUGUUAGUCCAGAGUCUUUCUUUGACAUGCCGGCUAUUGACAGUAAAGUGAAGCGAUCGCUUAUGCAGUUGGUGAAAGUUAUGCAAUACAUUGCCAAUGGCAGUCUUCAUAGUUUAAAGGUCCCCGGUCUUCAAGACAGGUCGAAGGAAUUGAACUUAUUGAAUGAGAAGGUUGUGAACUUUUUGAAACAGCUUGCAGUGUCUCCUUCAAAGGAAAAGUAUCCAUUUCACAAGAUUACAAGAAAACCUUACUCCAGCUUGAGAUACUUUCACAAGUUUUUGUGCACUUAUUGUAAUGCUAUCAAACGGCGUUACAUCCUAAAGGAAUUGAGAUCAUCUUCAAAUGUCCUUAGCAAAAGAAUUCAAAUCUGGAGACGUCUUGAUUCCUGUAUGUUAAAGAUGGGUGGACCAAAACCAUACAUAUCUUUGCAAGGGACUAAUUCCUACAAGGUAGUGGAUACAUCGUCGAACAUGAAUCUCAGCAACUCAAUGUACGCAGAUUUCAUGGCAAAGGUUUCAGCUAAAAAUAUCGAAAUGGCAUUCGAGGGAUCUGUGGUCAGAAGCGCUGUAUUUAAUGAUGGUACCCCUGUCAUUGUGGUUAACUUCAGGUAUUUGCGGGACAUUGGUUACGAUGUACCAACUUUUGUUUACCUUAUUUUUGAGGCAGCAAGCAGAGUUUGGGACAACCGUUUCUACAUUGUUAAUGACUUCACCCAGUUCUUUUACUUGGGUGUUUUCGGUAACAGUUACGUCUCCAUUCUUAGUAACUACGCCCCUCCUAUGUUUUUCAAAAAUUGUGCCAAGGUUUUCUAUUUUAACCUUCCCAGGAAAAAGCAUAUGUACUUUGUCGAUGAAGUGGCGAAGAUGAGGUUCAGCAGGUUUAAUAAAGACUGUCAGCUUUAUUUCUAUUCUCAAGCCGAUGAUCCACUGGUGAUUAAUUCACUUUGUCUUGGCGAGACAACAACACUGAUAAAUCAUGAUGUUAGGGCUGUUUUCAAAGAUUGCAAAGUUUAUGACGAAGACAAAGGAGAAUUUACUCCUGUUGUUCUUAAACUUGGCCGCCAAUGGGUUCAGAUUUGUUUUGAGAAAUUUUCCAUUAACUAUCAAGGGACGACAGAAACCACCAAUCCAAUCGAGAUUCUAUUGGUAUCAGACCUUACCAAAUGUGAUAUCUCCGAUAAGACAGGUGACCCAAAUGAGUUCACACUCUCUUUAAACAGAUAUAAUUACGAGAUCGUGAUAUCUUCGCCGCACAGACAAGAAGUUCUUCGCUUUUUGUAUUUUUCAAUGUUGAGAAACUCAAAGCCAGCUCUCGAAAUUGUUGAUACCCAAAAUUCAGAGGAUGAUGACUCCCAAUUGUAUGGCAAGCUUCUCAAUAUCGUUUUCCAUGGCUUAUUGGAAAAUGACGAGGAGGUUAGGAGUGCGGCUUCUAAUUUGUUUGCAACAAUAGGUUCCCUAUUUGAUUUUGACGUUGGUAUCAAACCGUCGCAUGCACACAGGGUAGAGUAUCCUGUUGACACAACAGCAUUUGUGAUAUUGAUAUCAUCUUUUUUUGCUAAGAAGCUAAACAAAAUAUCGCCGAAAUUGUUGAAGGCUUUCUUCAGCAAUUUUGAGAAGCUCUCAACGGAAACUAGGAUAAGUGGUAUCAUGUACAUUUCUCCCUGGAUAGAUAACGUUGGGGACAUUUUCUAUCUUCCUGACGGACCAGAAUUAGUUGCUGAGAUUGUGAGGCAGUUCUGCAGAAUCACUGACCAGAAUCCAAACAUCGUACCAUUUUUGAAUGAGAGAAUAUGGAGAAAGUUGCUAAAUGAGACGAGACUUACGUCGAUAAUCGUGGAUGAGAUUUUGGCUUACACCAUAGAAAACAAAUCUGAUGAUUCCAGCUGGGAUUCACUUAUAUCUGUGAUAAGCCCCAGCGUUGAAAUAUGCGGGGAGAUUGUAUCACGCUUGAACAAGUACAUCAGAAAUACCCAAAUUGAUGAUUCUGAUAUCGUCUUGCAAAGCAAAUUGUUGGAAAUAACAGUUUUGGUGAAGGUUUGCACUACCUUAUUCUUCAACUCACAUGUUUAUGGAUCACUAUACUUGCUGGAUGUGUUUUUUUUCUGCACUCUCUUCAUCAAUAACCCGUCUCUCGAAUUUGGUUCUGAUUUGCAGAAGUUAGUGGUUAACACGAUUCAAUCUUUUUCUGGCAAACCCGAUUUGACUGCAGAACAAUCUAAAUUGAUCGACUCUUCAAUUGAGUUCUUCAGCGGUCAAAGGGCGAAGAUGUUAUUUGGGUUGACAUCACGAGAGCGUGCAACUAUGUCCGACAUGAUACAAUUUUAUAAUCGUUCGACUGCAUUCGAAUCUUUUUGCGACACAUUGCAAGACUUCAUAUCAAAGAUGGGUUCAGCUGAUGACAGGAUCAGAUGGAUGACUCGGUGGUCCUCGUUGUCCAUGGAAAUUGCAUUCAGCAAAUCAUACUUCAGGAAAAGAGCUGUACUGGGGGUUGCAACUUUAGCUAGAUCAGGUAUUAGUGAUUCUACCUGCGGUCGUGUUCUAAAGUUACUAGGAAACAUUAUGUUUGAUGAUCUUGAAACGUUUUCAACAUGUGCUAUUUGCUACGGACAGCUAGAAUCUGGAUUAACAACGGACUCGCCGUAUUUUGCCUUGAUAGUUUGGGCUCAAAUUGCGUUCUCAUUGCUUGAAAUUCCUUUCACCUAUCAAGCAACUGCGCACUGUUUGACAAAUGCGCUUGAAAAAUCGACCAAUACUGAAGCAGCUUUAGAAGUUUUUAUUCUGCAACGGUGCCAUUUGGAGCCUCUCCUUUCCUCGUUUGAGGCUAAGAUGAAUGUUAAAUUUCUCCCCAAGAACUUACAGCUUCACUUUUUUUUCAUCAUUUGCAAAGGUUUGACUGUGUCGCACUUUAGACAUACGUCAAUUACAUGUUUGAAACGAGUCUUGAGAAGCAAAUUGGCUAAUUUUGGAGCAGAGACGGAAAUUUUUUGUUAUGCGUAUCUCUUCGUUCUUUAUUUAUCAACCUCGCCUACAGCAUUUGAAGAAAUCUUAAAUGAAGUUGGAUUUGAGGACCAGGAGUUCAUUACGAUUGGUAAGGAUCGUUUACCAAAAGUUGUCGAGACCUUCAUUUGUCAAAAUGACCAUGAAGCAAUGAUGACUAUGCUUAUUGUAUCCUAUAUUUUUAGGAGCGGAUCCGACGCGACGUUCAGCAGGAAGUUUAUUGGCUUCUAUUGCCAUUUAUACACAAUGUCUCGAGAAUUAGCUCUCUCAAUAUUCCAUAUUAUUGAGCCUCGCUUACAUGAGAGCAUGGUGAAUAGUUCUGCUGUGGACUUGGUAAAUGAUCUUGCCAUGAUUGAAAUGGCACUUAUUCUGGACGUUAGUUAUUCCGAGAUCCGCGCCAAAAAGAAGAUCAAGGAGACUGUUGAAUUCUACCAAUUUGAGAACUUCGACAGAAUUGGCAAGUUCGAAAGCUCUUCGGUGUCAAGCGAAACCAAAUCUUACACACUAUCCAAGAUGAUUGAGAGAAUACUUUACAAAGGUAUGUGCAGUGUCAUAGACGGCCAAAGACUAGAGAAAUUUUGA